UGCAAGACCCGCUCAGGCCUUGUACGGACGCUGUAGUUGCACGCUACUCCUCCCCUUCCUCCGCUACCCUUAGCCGCCUCAUGCUACCGUUUCUCUUCCCUGACCUCGCUUCCUUUCCCACUGUCGCUGACCUCGUUACCCACCUCCGUGCUAGUGACACCCGCUACCGCGCUGCCCUUCCUGCUGAGUUCCGCGCUGCGAACCCUCCUCCCAUGUACAUCACUCUCUACUUUCUCGUCACCCGUCUCCCUGAGUCCCUUCGUGUCGUUAGGGACCAGUUUCUCUCUGUCUGUCCCACCACUCUCACUGUCGACCUCCUUGAGGAGUCCCUGCUAGCGGCUGAGAAGAGUAUUGUCGCUGUAGGGGCCUCUCGGGCAAGGGGGGCAAGGGAGCGGGUGGAGCUAGAGGGGGCGGUGGAGGAGGCGGUGGGGGUGGCGGGGGAGUGGGGGGUGGCGGUGGGGGUGGUGGCUGGGAGUGGAGGUACUGGUGGCGGCGGUGGAGGCGGAGGUGGCGGCGGAGGUGGUAGCGGAGGAGGCGGUGGGAGCGGUGGGAGCGACGGUCCUGGUGGGGGAAGGUGGAGGUGGAGACGGGGUGGUGGCGGUGGAGGCGGGGGGUGGCAGGUGGAGGCGGAGGUCGGAGUGGCUCGUUCCCAGCGGAGCAGCUCCGGGGGUGGUCAGCGCCAGCAGCAACAGCAAGCAGCAGCCGCAGCAGCAGCCACAGCAGCAGCAGCGCUCUCGCACCGUCCCCGCCCCUCAGCAGCUCCGUGA